CCCCAUCAAAAUCCUAAUCCUCAAUUGCCACAAGCUAGCCAUGGAGCGAGCGUCGAACCUUCUGGACGAAGCACUAGGUCUCAACGGCGGCGGGAGCGGUGGCACAGUGGUGGUUAUCGAGGACUGCGUCGAGACCAGCGGUGCCUUCGUCCUCCACCACCUCCUCAAGCGUGCUCUUUCCGGCGGCGUCGUCAUCUUCGUCGCCUUCGCUCAUCCCUUUUCUCACUAUGAUCGCAUUCUGCGAAAAAUGGGUUGCAACUUAGUUGUACAAAGGGAUAAUAAAAGAUUCAUUUUCCUUGAUAUGCUUACUUUGGAAUGUCCAGAUGGAGAUGGCGAGAAAAAUGGCGAAGGUGGCCUUUUUGAGUUGUAUGGAAAGAUCCAGAAUGCCGUGGAGGUUAGUGCCUUAGCAGGUAGCAAAGGGAACAUCUCUAUUAUGAUUGAUGAUGUCUCUCUUAUGGAGGUGGCUGCUAAUGGGUCUUCAAAUCAUGUCUUGAACUUUCUGCAUUACUGCCUCACUUUAACGACUCAAUUUGUUUGUUCAUUGUUUGUUCUAAAUCAUGAGGACAUCUAUUCAAGCAUGGGAAGACCUAUGCUUAUUUUACAAAUGGAGUACCUUGCAGAAGUUAUUGUAAAGGCAGAACCUUUGGCCACUGGUUUGGCAGCUGAUGUGCAUGGACAGUUGACAGUAGUGAACAAAAGAAUUUGUGAGGGUCUGUGGAGCUCACGGAACAAGAUGGGCAAUUUCCACUUCAGGGUCAGAGAAAAUGCUGUGGAAUGCUUUUAUCCAGGGAGUCGGACUUGAAGAGAUGAUUGUAUAGUGAACAUAACAUGCACCACCAACUCUUUUCUCUAUUUAGAAUACUGAAUGAGAAUAUGUUAUGUUGUUGCUGCUGCUGCCGCUUUAUAGAUAGAUGCUUUCACAAAGAAGAAACCAUCCUUUCAUUUCAUGUAUUUGGGUUUGCUUUCUUUCUAAAGCGUUCAUCUCAACCACGCUACUUUUUGGUUGAUUUAAAUUUCAAUGAAGAAGGUGCUUGCAGGCCCCAAACCUAUCCACAUUAUUCUGAGAACGAAGAAGACCCAAAGCAGCUUGCUGGAAAUGGAAUUGGAAUUUGGGACACUUGGACUUGGUGGAUACCAAAUCAUCUAUCUUUGAAAUUGAUGUUGCAUUCUACUGGCACCUGUAAUCCUAAUCCAAAUUCAAAUUCAAAUUCAAUAUACCCACUUGCCAAGUUUAGCUC